AUGUCCCAGACCCCUCGCCUACACAACAAGAUCGCUAUUGUGACCGGCGCCUCGUCUGGCCUCGGUCGAGCGAUUGCCAUCCGGUAUGCGCAAGAAGGCGCGAAAGUCGUCUGCGCCGAUCUAUCGCCAACUGCACGGUCGCAGGAGGAAACGGAAAUCACGACGUGUAAUUUGAUCGUCGAGAAGGGCGGAGCGGCGCUCUUCGUGCAGACAGACGUCGGGGAUGCCGCUCAGAUGGAGAACCUCAUUGACGUUACUGUCGAGAAGUAUGGUCGCUUGGAUAUCCUGGUCAACAACGCCGGUGUAGCGCUCGAGGCGCGCACUCCCGCAGUGCUGCAUCUGACUGACGAGGAAACGUGGGACACAACCAUGCGCGUCAACGCGAAGUCCGUGUUCCUGGGAUGCAAAUAUGCACUGGCACAGAUGCUGCGCCAGGAACCGCAUUCUUCUGGUGAUCGCGGGUGGAUCGUCAACAUCUCAUCGAUCAUGGGGAUGAUUGCUGGGCCGGAGAACCCAUCGUACUGCGCGUCGAAAGGCGCAGUGAGCCAGCUGACUCGGCAAAUCGCGCUCGAUUACGCGCCCCAUAGGAUCCAUGCAAAUGCGCUGUGUCCUGGGUACACCCAGACUGCGAUUUUCAAAGAAACAAUCACGUACAUGACGCCGUGGGAAGAGCUGAACAGGCGUCAUCCGUUGAAGGGACCUGGACAGCCGGAUGAUAUUGCGCGGAUGGCGGUCGUCUUGGCGAGCGAGGAUGCGAGCUGGGUUACUGGGGUUUGCUUGCCGGUUGAUGGGGGAUAUACUGCUCGUUAG